AUGUGGAUACCGGCCUACUUCAGAGAUUUCCCACUCGGUCCGAUGAUUAGGACUACGUCUAUAUCAGAAUCUGAAAACAACUUCUAUAAAAAUUUUAUGAAGCCCCGAGCGAACCUUGCCGAAUUAUACUUGUAUUUCAACAAUGCUCUGGACUUUCAGCAGAACGCUAGAACAAAGCUGGACUACAACGAUGCUACUUCCGUGCCCAUACUGGCCACUAAGUUAGGUUUCGAGAAACAUGCUGCAACGAUUUACACAGACAGUAUAUUCAGGAAGAUACAAGAAGAAAUUGUUGAUGGUAAUGACAGAUGCCGUGUACUUGGUUUUUCACCAACAGAUAUGAUUGACACCUACAAGCUUGGGGAUAGCCGACGGAAUUCGUAUUCCGUUAGUCACGACAAGACUGACGAUUCAUACUCGUGCGACUGCAAAUUGUUCGUGGCAAACAUUCCAGAGAAGUACUGCGACAGCCGAUGGAUGAAGACUCCCUUAGCCAAGGCUGUACAUGGACUUCUUGAUGUCACCGUAGAUACAAGGUCCACUGUUGACGAUAGGCAGACUGUAUCAGAUCAAGGGAUAUCACUGUUCUACGGUUUUAUUCGACGAUUCGAGACGGACAUUGACGUGCUUCAUGCAUUCGUAGGUGGUUUGGAAGAACUUGGUAAUUCUCUUCACGCUGGAACUCCUCCAAUGUCGGCCUUUGAAAAGAGGCGCAUGCUUGAAGAGUUUUAUGGAAUGCCAAAGCCUGAAGUAGUAGAGGUCCAUCCUCCGGAUGUUGUGCAGACCAAGGGUCAUGCUAGCAGCUCCGCGAGCCGACUGAUUUCAAAGAGAGAAAAGGCUAUAAAGGAUGCUACUAGGCCUCUUAGAUGUUGUAAGACGUGCGAUGAGUUGGGCCAUCACGACUCUAGAAACUGUCCAAUGCUUAAAGAGAUGGCGAAGGAGAAAGAGCUUAGUAAAGGCAAGAGGAAAGCUUGA